GUUCUUAUAUAAAUCAAUGAAAAUACUACAUACACUCUUUCAAUUGUAUGUAUGUAGUGGUUGGUGCAAUUAUAAACAUACAUACAUAUGUAUAUAUACAUAUAUAAAUGGGGUCAAGGUUGCUUUUAUAAAAAGACACACUUUUCCAUAUGCACACUUACUCGUACAUAUUAUAAAGAUAGAUAGGAUUGAACAUACAUAUGUAUGUAUAUAAGUAUGCAUUUAAUUGCAUGUAAAUAUAUACAUGCAUAUAAAAAUAUAUAGAGUUACGUACAUAUGUACAUACAUACUAAUUUGUAUUAUUUUUCCUAAUUUGUUUACAACAUCUGUACAAAUAGCUCGUUAUCCUUCCGAAAGAUUUAAAUUAAUGUUCAUAAAUUUCAAUAAAAAUGUAAAGUUUUAAAAAAAUUGCACAUUACUAAUUAAAAUUAAUAAAACAGUGUUCAUACGAUAUAAAACUUAAGCAGAUGGAAUAUGGUUUGCAUACUGCACGGAUACUAUGAUGCUCGACCUAAAAUGUGUUUUAGUGCUUCACCACCGCCACCACCAAAAGCCAUAUUUUCAUCUAACUUAACUUUUGGAUAUGAAUGUAGUAUUAACAAUCCCAGCGUCCACAAUACCAAAUACCAUUAUCAAAAUUGCAACAACAACAAUACCGUUUAUAAGGAACAGUACAAUAUGCAACGACAGGAAGAUAUAACGAGUGUUAACGACUCCCAAAGGGACGAAGAAACAUCAUCGGAUUACAAGCAAUGGUUGCAUGCUAUGAAGUUAGUAGCGAGGUUACCCGGAGGCAUUCCACCUGAAUUCCGUCGUAAGCUUUGGUUAUCGUUGGCGGAUAAAUAUUUAAAAUCUAAAAAUGUUGAUUGGGCCAGGGAGGAAGAAAAAUGUUUUUGUGAAAAAUGGCGAGAAGAUGACGAAGAAUUGGGAAUUCAAAUUGUUAAGGAUCUCCAUCGAACCGGAUCUACUUUGUGCACUGGACCAGCGGGGGAUUUAAAUCAAGCCAAACUUAAGAAAAUACUUUUGGGUUAUGCUCGCUACAAUCCGGAAGUUGGUUAUUGCCAGGGUUUUAACAUGCUGGGUGCUCUUAUACUACAAGUUAUGGACAAAGAUGAAUCAGAAUCAAUCAAGGUUAUGAUAUAUCUAGUUGAGGGUAUUUUACCAGCUGGUUAUUUUUGUGGAUCCAUGGGUGGAUUACAGGCGGAUAUGGCUGUUUUUCGCGAAUUAAUGCAAACCAAACUUCCUCGAUUGGCAAAACAUCUUCAAAAACUACAAGGUCCUAUCGAAAAUGCCUACGAACCUCCAUUGACGAAUGUCUUUACAAUGCAAUGGUUUUUAACUAUGUUCUGUACAUGUCUUCCAAUGAGCUGUGUUCUUCGGGUUUGGGACUUAGUUUUAAUCGAAGGAAGUGAUGUUCUGUUACGAACUGCUCUUGCACUUUGGAGUUUACUCGAAGAGAGAGUGCUUAGUGCACGCAGUGCUGAUGAUUUCUAUGGAAAAAUGGGGUCAUUUUCCAGUGAACUUUUGAAUGGACAUUUAAUUGACUCAAACGGUUUGAUUGAGAAGGUUGUGCAGUUGGGUCCCAUCGCUGAUAUUCAAAAGUUGCGUGAUAAACAUCUCUACAGCAUUGCCCCUAUCCAAAACCAACAAGGACUGCAGUUAUAUUAUGACGACGAGGAGCCGGAUAUAGAUGAAGAUUCACGUUUGGCCGUUGCAACUGUAUGGGGAAUUCCUUGGGGUCGCAGGGGUUCGCAAGGCCAACAAAAUAAUAUUAUUACGAAGCAACCCAUAGAAAAUAAGGAUCGAAUUGCCCUUGAUAUCUCCCUUUUAAAAAAGCAGUAUGAUAAAUUACGCGAAAGACAGAAACAAGCACAUAUUAUAUUAACCACAGCUUGCUCUACAGCCUCACGUCAAAGUGUGGCUCUAAAUUCGUCGACUGCAACAUUACCAGUUAAUCAACUGUUAUCUGGUCGUCCAGCAAUUGUUACAAAUAAGGGACGUCGUUGUGGACCUCCUACAGGCGCAAUACCACCGGCAAGAAAACCUUCACUGCCUGCGGUCCUUCACGAUAAACCACUAGAAAAACAACUUAGAAGGGGAGAAACGUUACAUUGGCGGGAUACAAAAGAUACAAGGCACAGGCGAGAUAGCUUAAGUUGGAAAGAAAUAAAAGCUGAACGCGCAGCAAUGAUUACUUCCGGUAGCAUAGACGGCCUUAAAUCACAAAAAAUUCGCACAGGUAGACUAGGAAAAAGUGAUUCAUCUUCUUAUAGCGAGGAGAGCGAUGACAACGAAGCCGAAGUAGAAAGAGAUGGCUCUAGUACAGACACAAGCCUUUGUGACGAAGAAUUCCAACCAAUAGCAAAUGGUUUAAAACAGCAUAAUGAAUUGUCUCAAAAACCUACUAGCAAACCUUUAUACAAACAAAAAAAUAAUUUACUAAAGCAACGACACCAAUCGGCAAAUCGUAAAGAUAAUAACCAGAAGGCGAGACCAAAAUCAUGGGCUCCCUCUAACAGUGAGAUUCCAUUUGUUUUAAUGUCCACAGACUCUCCAAACAACAGUGCUGAUGAAAAUCCUGAAUUAGAAUAUCGCACAGCAACACAUAACACCAUGUUGAAGGAAGAGGAAGACAAUUUCCCUUCAGUUGAAACAAAAUCAAAUCUAAAUCAAACAAAUUUAGAAUUUUCUAUUCAAAGUCUUUCCAAAACAAUGCCUAAAAUCGGAAGUACGGAAGAAAAAGACAUAUUUAUGGAUUCAACGAAUUAUUUAGGAAGUAAUGACGACAAAGAAGACGAAAUCAAAACUUUCGAUAUCAGUAACGAAGGAGUCACUAAUGAAUACUUCGAAAGAGUUAACAGCUCAGAGCGUCCCACAAAACUUGAUUUGUUGUAUUCACUCAAUGUGGAUGAAAAUAUUCGAGACACAAUUAAAAUUGAGGCUGAUGAACUUGUUAAGCCAAAUCAGGAAUCAUACCUCUACACAAAUGAAAAUAAUGUUAAUAGUUCAAAAAAUAUAAGAUGUAUGGACCUUCUUGUAGACUAUUCGGAAAAAUCGUCUGUCGCUUGCAUUGAAGAAGCCAAAUCUGAAAUAUCAACAACAUUUCACGCAUGUGAUAUGACAGUCUCAAUUCCGACAAAUAAGGAAUAUUUCGAUAACUCAACUGAACACUCAAUUAAAAAAACAAAAGGAAGUGCAGAGAAAAGAAGAGAUCCCAGACGCCUAACUUUAACACGAUCAUCAACAAUGGACAUUGAAAAGAGGUAUCAGGCUCUUGAAAAACGACUUAGCAUGGAAGUGUGUUCUAAAUAUAAACGAAUAUUACCUGAAAACGAAUUUGAAAGUGUAGAUAGUUAUAAAAAAUAUGAUCAAAGUUGUACCACACAUCCCAACAACAUCAAUGACGAUGAUCUAAAUAAUCAUCAAGUUGUUGACAAUAAACUUCAAACACCUAAGGAUAAAAAAAUACCAUCAACUGCGGAGUUAGAAGAACGCUUUAAAAACAUACAUCAACAUAUUCUUAAAGAUCGAAAUGAACUUUUAAAUUCGCCAUGUGAUUCUGAAAAUACGGAAAAACAAUCAAAUAUGAAAACUCCUGAUAACGACAAUAUUAACAAAAAAUCCACAAAUAAGAAAACAGAUAGGGACACAAAAAAACAAGAUGAUCAGAAUGACAAUAAUGGCGAGGCAGAAAUCGCAAACAUAAUUGGAGAAAAUUCAGAUUCUGAACCAAAGUUUUUAACGUUUAAUAAAAUCGAAGACGUAAAUGCCAACAGAAACAUUAACACUCCGCAAACUUCUAGAAAUCCAAAUUCUCAGAUAAUAGCCCCAAAGACUAACGCAUUGCAGACAAAAAAAGAACCACCUGACGACAAUGCAGAUGAAGAUACAAAUAGCAUUAAUAGAACAGCAGUAGCGACUACAAAUAAUUCUACCGCUGAGAUUGAACCAACUGCUAAAAAUUCGGAAGAAUCUGAGUAUGUAUCAGAAGAAAAAAUUCGUACACCUAAUUCAGAAAAAAAUCACGAGACAGUUAAUGAAAUACAAGAUGAUUCUAAAAGCAAAUCAAAUCGAACAUCCCCUCCCUCAACAGAGGAAUUAGAAAAACGAUUUUCAGCUUUGGAAGGACAAAUGAGUAACGCUCAUAUUCAAGACGAUAAAGAUACAAAAUCUAAUGUGUCUUUGGAAGAAACUGAAAAAUAUGGAGUAAAUGCUUUAAUGGCGGAUAAUAAAGAAUCAAGUGACACUCAAACCCUAACAACAGAUACAUCAAAUAAUUGCAUGUUAUCGUCAUUAGAUAUAAAGACGGAUUUAACAAAAUUAAAGCAGUUAUCUGAAAAAAAUACAAAGCGACGAUUAUCCGAGCCCCCUACUACUGAAGAUUUAGAAAAAAGAUAUGAAGUUUUGAAACGACGGAUGAGUUCUCGAAAUUUUGAGACAAGAUCCUUUCCAAAAGAUGGAUUUUCCGAUUCCCCACAGAAAACACGUGAAAUUUCUGUAACUGAAUCUUCCACUAAUUUAAAAAGCACAGACAUUACACCACAUUCCGCAAGCAAAAGUUCGCCGCCAUCAAUUGAAAAUCUAGAAGAACGUUUUGAAAAACUGCAAAAUAAAAAUGAAUCAAAAAGCUCAUUUACUAAACACUCUCCUCCUUCAACGGAAACUCUAGAAAAACGAUUUGAAGAACUACAAAGUAAAAAUGGUCAAUUAGAAACACAGAAGUCAACAAACACAGAAGUCAACAACAAAGAAACACAAAUUUUACCUACUGAAAAAGAACAAUUAUCUUAUGAUAAUAAUACAGUAGUAAGGGCGGAAAAAAAUGAAGAAAUAAAAAAUAGUAACUCGUUGGCUAAAGAAACUAUAAGUAAUCCAACACCUAAUAAUAUUGAAACCUGUGAGGAUGGAACACAAACCUCUAAUGAAAAUGAUAUAUCAGACAAAAAAGAACAUAAUAAUAUAACUGACGAUGCCAAUCAAAUAAAAGUUAAACUCAUUAAGGAAUUACAAGCGAAAAUAAAAGGGCAAUCUAUAAACUCAGAUAUAGAGAAUAGUGUUCAAAAAAAGACUGCGCUUAUUGAAGAGCUUAAAAUUAAAAUUAAACCCAUGACAGAUAUGAUUGUAAAGCCAACUCACAUCUCUACAAGUCGGCGCCCACCUGUCCAAAGCUUUAUUUUACCAAGUCAAAGUUUCAACGAUGAAACCUUGGAAUCACAUGCGACUUCCGCUUAUAGCAGAUCGGGAAAAUACGAACCUUCAAAUACAUCAAAUCGAAAAAUGGUUCGUCGUUUUUCCGAUUUACCCUCAAGAGCCGACCUUGAGAAUCGUUUGCAGUUCUUGGAAGAACAACUAAGCAAAACGGUAUGCAUGCAACGUCGUUCAAGUGAUUCCGAAGUAGCAUCGAAAAGUAGACAUAAUGUUCCACUAAGUGACAGCCUAGAGUAUCGUGUUCAAGAAUUAGAAAAACGUUUAAAUGAGAAUAGAAGCUUAUCAACGGAUGUGGAGCAUACAAAUACCAAAGAGAAAAUCAUAAGUGAACCCAAUGUUGAAAUUUCUCAAAUCGAAUUGGCGACUGAUAGCGUAGCCGUAACAGGAAAAGAAUUAGUUCGUUAUUCUUCCUAUGGUGAAGUAGGAGAUACUGAACACCAGAAUCCAAUCAAUAUUAGCAUAAAUAUUCAAAUGACACUUAAUAAAGAUGAUACUGGCAAUAAAAAAAAUCCUGAUGUUACAAAGACCGAUGAAUUAGAUCGGCGACUCCAAUACUUAGAAAAACAGCUUAAAUCAUCACAAGAUCAGGAAACCUUUGAAAAUGCUGCAACGGAUGUUAAGGAAUGUAUAAAUGGAAAAGAGCAAAAAGAUCUCAAUGAGACAGACAAUACCCAUCAAUUUGCGCAAACUGAAGAAUUUCACGAAAUUAAAGAUAUAAGUGAGACAGCUGAUGUUAAAAUCUUACAAGAAACCAAUAGAAAUAAUACCAUAACACCAUUAAAUAUAAAUCAAUCUAGCGUUAUCGCAGAAACUGAUGAAAUCGCGGAAAAUCUUCAUAAAGAAAAUGUCCUAGAGAAGUCGAAGGAAGAAAAAUCAGACCACAAAGUGGAAAAAUUUACUGAUAAUGAAGGUACAUUAGGUCAAGUUAAUAAAACAACUGAAUGUAGCGAAAACAAUUUUGAAUCAACAAUGUCGAAAGUAUCUGACCCUGGCGAGAAAACUCAAAAACUGUGUUCAGAUACCCAAAAACACAAUUUAACAGAAGUUGAUGAACAAGUGAAUAAGGACAAUUUAAAGUCAGACCUACCUAAAUCCCCAGAUAAACCUACCAUAGCAUCAACGGCGGCGGAACCAAAACAAAAUAUUUUAAAUAAAAAUAAAAACCAUCCGAAUGCUAUUGAAGCUGAAACUCAAAUUGAUAAAAUAAAGGAUGAUGGAGGAGAAUUACUAGAAUACAACUCUCAAUCUACGCCACAAUCAAAUAAUGUUGCGGAAUCAAGUCAAUUAGACCUAAUCGAAGGGGAAAACAUUCAAAAACACCAUAAUUCUGAAAACAUUAAAGAGUCUGAAAUUGAUUCAUCAAAUGUUAACACUUCCACCCAAUUUGUACCCGUAGAAGUAAAUAAAAAGACGUUGGUUUUAUUAUUAGAUAACGAACCUAAAGCAGUUAAAGUGCGUCGGCUUACUCGGGCAAAUACUGAGGAAUUGGAAGAUCUUUUUCAAGCACUUGAAAAACAACUAACAGAUCGUGGUCAAGGGAAACAUGACGAAAAAAAUCCAAUGCCUAGAUCAAAUGAAUUAUCACAAGAUGAGAUCGAGACAACAAAAGCAAUGUCAGAAUUAGCAAAAGAUAUAGAGGAAUUUUCUAAAAGCAAAUCAGAUCAAAGUGUAUAUGAUGAUAAGCUUAAACAAACAACAAAAAAGAAACAAAAGGAACUGGAGGAGGAUUUUGAUUGGGGAAAUGAUCCCAUAAAAUAUCACUUGAAGAAAAGAACAGUAUAUUUACCUUCAACUAAAGAACUUGAAGCAAGAUUUCGGUCAUUAGAACGUCAAAUAAAGCUUCUGGAAGAUGUUGAAAAAAUUGAUGUAGAACAGCGCCUAAUAGAAAUUGAACGUAAAAUAAAACUGCAAUACUCAUUAUCUCAUGAAAAAGAUUUGAACAAGUUUCUGGAGUUAUGCGAAGGAAAAGAUGUCGAUGAAAUACCAACAUCAUCAGAAGAUCAAAAAGAGAGUAGUAAAGAAGUACAAGUUAAUCAAAAAUCUAUGACUAAACACACAUCACCUUCCAGGCAAAUAGAACCAACACCAUCUACUGGUAGUCUCGAAUACCGCUAUCGCGCACUAGAUCUAAAACGAUCAAAGUCAAAGCAAAAUCUUAAGAAGCAACCAAUUCAUCCUUUAGAAAUGCUUCUUGAUCCAAGCCCAGAUGAUAUUCCUACCACCGGUGAGUUAGAGCACCGAAUGCGCGUUAUGGAAGAAAAUCGAUACACACCAUCUCCACCAUCAAGAAAAUCGCGUUCACAGUCACCUCCUGCUAAAAGUCAACAAAAUAAAAACAAUUCAAACAUACAUAUUUUGGAAACAAUGACGGCAAGUCCUACAGAACGGGAACUUCCGACGGCAGAAGAAUUAGAGGCACGUUUAGAAGCAUUAGAAAGGGAACAGUGCUUCAACUUCAAAAUGCAGAAAAACUUCCAACAGUUCAACCAGAAGCUCAAGGAUGUUGUCUCGCCAUCCCUAUCAUUUGACGAAUUUAAGGCGUCAACAAAAUCCUGUGAAUCUGAUCAUUCCAAAGUACAAAGUUUAGCUCCAAAACAAAUUACAAGUGUUAAUACAUUUAAUCCCAAAACAAUACGUUUUCGCAAAGAAGAUCAAUCUCAACUAUUACCUAAAAAGGAUAAUGAAUCCGUGACUUUUGCAGAUUCCCAGAGUAAUACUAAAGGGUCUCAACAAACGACUACCGCUCAGGAGGGGCUUGGCGUCAUGGGGAUUCGUUUGAUGAGGGAAACAUCGCCUCUUCGAAGAAAGGGAACGCACACCGGCAUACCACUGCGCACUGGAGAAAAUAUAAAUGAUCAACUGACAUCUAUUCAAAACACUAUAAAGUCUAUUGACAGUCUUUGUGAGGAAAAGCCUUAUCGAAAAGAGAGGUGUCAGCAAUAUAUCGAUGCUCUAUUCUCAGACUCCAAAUAUUUCGCUCAUAAAAAAUCUUCCCUCGAAGAUCUCACUUCACGAAAUCUGAGCCGAUCAACAUCGCGUGAAAUUGGACCCUCUAUUCGAAUCUCCGAUCACAGCCCAGCCUUCUCACGUUCAAUGGGAUCAGCUGAUUCAAUACGAUCAUCAAGCCCAUUGGGAUCGUCGAGCCCACUUCAGUACCGUUCCAACAGAGACCUACGGCGUGAACCUUCUCCUAGACGUCGACGAGACGAAGAUCGUGAAGAGCAUGAAAGUAGGGUAAGACGUGAUAAUCUAUUGCCAAAUAAUAUUAAUUAUAGUCAUAGCAUAUUAAGCCAUACUAGUCAUAGUAGUUUAACUAAGUUUCAUAAAGUAGAUAGCCAACUAAUUCCAAACGAUGUUGAACACGAACUAGAAGAUAGUUUACGAACUCCGACAUUCCGCUCAACUGACAACUCAAAAAACGACAACACUAAUACCUCAAACAACGUCUACACAACACCACAACGCAAUCUUAAUGCGGAAGCAACAAAUCCCGAACCCUUUAGGAGCCUUCAUUUGGACAGACCUAUAUCUCCAUUCCGACAAACUAUCCUUCCAAGCACAAACACACCAGUCUACACACCAGCCAAAUUAGAAAUUCGACAUACAACAGUAACGUCUACUUUCUACGAUCGUGUUCUUACUGAAAAACAGUUGGAAAAACAAAAUCAUCACUCUGUUUCGACCAACAGUCUAUCCCCAAUUAUAUCCCCGUUGUUUGAGAAGCACGCAAAGCCAUCGUUAAAACAACAAACAAACAAAUCACCACCCAAACUUUUACAUACCGAUUCGACCAAUACACAUUGAUUCUUACUGAUGCUUCUUCUACAGGUAAUUAUCAUUGUACCCAUCAACAAUCAUACAUUCAGAAUAAUAAACAUGACAAAUAUUGCAAUUGAUUCUUAGUGAAACUCAUAAUUCAUCCUCUAAGUUUAAAAACCUGUACAUUAAAUUGUCUCCAAUCCAAUUUAAGUCGUUCCAGAAUAAAUGUUUUAAAUUCUACACUGCAAUCAUUUGUGAAUAUUAGUACGUACAAUACACUACAAUAAAUACAAUAUUGAUAUAAUUAUAUUCACAAAAUGUACUUUAUCCAAUUAGUGCAACAAAAUAGUUCACAUUUUAACGGUAAUGUUUGAAACGUGUGUGCAUACCUAUAAACAUAAGAAGAACUCAAAUUGUAUCCAUUUUUUUUUUGAAUGAGUCCUAUUUUGUUUAUUUGUAUCUGGUAUGUGUUCUUGUUAUUCCAUGGAACUAAAAUGUUACAUCAGUUAGUAUUAGACCCUAAAGACAAAAAUAAUUCCCAUUUUAAAAAAUCUAUUUUUGGUUACCACUAGCAGUGUACAUACUUAUUGUUACCUACAAACUUUUCUUAAAAAAUAUCGGCAUCAGAAGAAGCUGCAAUAAAGCAAAUAUUGUUUUAAUCAAAAUUAAUUUUAUUAAUUACUGCUAAGAUACGAUUAGACCUAAAAUACCCAUUCUAACAUCGUUUUAAACUUAAACUUUUUUCUUUUUCAAUAAUUAUGAUUUAAAAAAUAAUGAAGCAAAAUUUAGUAGCCAUUAUUUAUGGUGUUGUUCAUAAAUACAUAUUUAGGUUUUAAAUUAUGUCUAUAUUUACGCAAUGUCUUCUCAUUUUCUUCCUUGAAGGACGCUAAUUUUAAUCUAAUUAAUUAUUUUUGUAAUUGCACUUCAUUUCUAUUGUAAAAUGCUGUACAUUUUAUUAAUAUUAUAAUGCAUUUUGUAUCCUUUUAAUUUACGCUGAAAUCAAUGUUGAUGGUUAUUACAAUGGCAAUAAACGUAUGUACAUGUGUUAAUUUGAACAGAUCAGUCUGUAUGAUAAUUUGUAUUGAAUGUCAUUCGACAAUAAGAGCAAAUACAAUCAGAGAAGUAUUUAUUUGUACACAUAAAAAAUAGUUGCACUAUUACAAAUAUGUUUGACAACUUUUUCUUAGAUUUUUUUGUUUUUGCAUUAUCUAAAAACAGAUGCUGUUUACAAUUGUUAUGAAUAUUGCAUAAUUGGUUUGCAAAACAACUUAAGUGAUUUCAUUCCGUUUUCUUUUUUAUGAAGGGAAAUAGGAAAAAUAUUUCCACUCUUGAUCUGAAUGGAAUUUUGUGACAGACUAAAACUGAUUGAAAUAUCCUAACAAAUUUUUUUAAAUUCAUUGUUUGUUACACAAAUCACAGCCACCAUUUCAAAUACAAAACAAUUCUUAAAAACAUAAAUAUUGAAAAAAGCAAAUGAGAAAACAUUUUGAAUGUCCAUACUUUACAGUUAAAUCUAAAAAAACUGCAUAAUUGUAUCAAUGCAAAAUAUUAUCAUAAUAUACGGUUUUCAUUUCAAUAAAUUUUUGUUAGGCUCUACACGAAUUUUUGUCUUAAAAAAAUGUUUAUUUUGAAAAUAUCCACUUAUGUAAUCUCUAUUUGCCUUAAGCUUUUCAAAACAGUUUAUCUAAACUAUUAUAAACGGAGGGAAUGUUGUUAAUAUUUAAAAUUUUAAUAAAAAUUGCAUUAUCACAUCACAGAUACGAUCAAAUUAAAUAUUAAAUAUUCUGCAGUUUCUUAAAAACGACUGAUUAAUCAAUUGUUUGUUUGCUUUUUAAAUUAAUACAAAUAUGAAAUAUUUAUAUAUGUCUGGUAUUAUUUCAUA